AUGUCUGAUGACGAGGAAAACUACGAUGAUUUUAUGAUGAGCGAUGAUGAUGGGAUGGUAGAGAUGGAAGAUGAUGAUGAAGACGAAGAAAAUAUUGCUGGAUCAGGAUCACAGAAUGGCGAAUCCGGUAAUGAUAUUAGUGAUUCGAGCGAAAUAAAUCGACAAUCCCUGGAGGACCUUUAUGAGAUGGGGGUUUAUUAUGGAGAGGAACAAGAUUGGAUCAAAGCUCAAACCACUCUAAGAAAGUUGGUCGAUAUCUCUGAAGGCGAUACUGAUGAAGAUGCCGUUCAUUGGAGACAUAAAUCGUUAUUGCAAAUUUUACACCAUUGGGCAUUAAGGAUGCACUACAACGAUUUACCACAACUAGACGAAGUGAUACCUGCAUGUAAGGAAUUGGUCAGACAAUUUGGAAUUCAAAAUGAUGAUAAGAUUUGGUCAGAAAUUUAUACUACACCAAGGGGAUUUCUUUUUGAUGAUGAAUUUGAACCAUUGGCAUUGCCUAGAAUUGAAUUACAAUUGAAGUGUAUGGAACCGUUAUUGAUAGAUGAGACGAUGCAGUUGAGGCACAACGUUUUGUCAAUUUGGCAGAAUCGCUUAAAAUCAAAUAGAAUUGACGAAUCCCGUAUAAAUUUCCUGGAAUCCCAUUGUUUUAAUAACGAUGAUGGGAAAGAACUAGACACGCUUCAUGUGGAGAUUGUUAAUUUAAUAUUACAAUGCUAUAUCCAUGAAUUCAUGUCAACUGGUAAAAUAAAUUCCAUGGCCAAGUUUUCUCAAUUUUUAGUUAAGGUAGAAUCGCAUGCAAAUAGGUCCCUAGCAGUAUCACAAACUCUGGGGAUAAUGAUGCAAUUACCAUUAGCUCAAGCCAUUGAACAAGUUUUGCAAAAGAGUCCUGACACCAAAAGGUUACAACAGCUAUUUUGGUCCUCAUUAAGACAAGUGGAGGAAAUCGGUGGUCCCCAGAAAUUUAGUUCACGUUUGGAGGAAUUUAUCCUUUGUGGGUUUAUUUUUUGCAGUAUGAUCAUGUAUCGUGAAAAUGGUAAAGUAAAUCCAUUCGAUUUGGAACAGGUAAAAGUGGGUCGUGAGAUGGAAAUCGUACAGAUUUUACAGGAUUGUUAUUACAAUUUCGUGCAGCUAAAAUUAUCACAAUUGGGUAUCUCAAUUAAUAAAUUACCAAUUGGUGUAUUAACACUGUUAGACGUACUCGUUAAAGAAAUUUAUCAAGUUGCCCAAAUCACCAAAUUAUGGGAGUCGGUAGCGCCACUCUUUUCGUGUAUAUCGCUACGAGAUCUCCAGAAAGAGCUGCAAGUAAGUCAGAUACCUGUAACUCGCGACCACAUACUGACGAUAUUGAUGACCUCCAUUAUGAAGGACCGCGCGGCUGUCUACUACAAGUUGGAUUUGAAACGAGACCUCGUGUACUUCGGUAACGAGAACAAAGUACCAUUGUCAUUAUGUGCAAAGCAAUCGUUAACAUUAGGUGAGCUAGAACGUAGUAAUGACAUUGGUAUGUGGCAUUCAACGCGAAAGAUAAAACAUAAAGACACCAACGCGUUCUUUCAAGACCUACAGAAACAGCGUGUAGGUGAAUAUGAAGGAGGUUCAUUUCAACCACGCUCUAGCCAAGAUAGUCUGAUACACGAAUUGGCAUUGCAAGCAGCGAGAGUCUGGUCUUCAUAA